CGCCGCGCGCUGUCGUGCAGCUGGGGAGGGACGACGUGACCGUGCGGUGGCAGUUUGACUACCACCUCCCCUUCGUCAAGGUCGCGUCGCCGCUCCUUCUACGUCCUCAGCUCAGCUACCAACAAUGGACCCAGACGGGGAGUUUCUGCGGUUAAGCACCGUGUUGAACGACGCAUACCUUCACGCUGCAGAUGAUGGCCGUUCUGUCCGUCUUGAUGCCUGCCAAGUGUCGUACAACGCAGUGUGGGCGGUGGAGCGGCGCCCGUGGACCGAUGGACAAGGCCGCGUCACACCUUACAUACUCCUUCGCGGAGCAUACGGCAGAUACCUCGGGGCAACCGACACACCUUCUUCCUGUUUCCCGUGUCUACGGGUUGUCGCCGCACAGCGCGACUUCGACGAGGCAAUGGUUAAGGAUAUCAUGUGGCAGGUCUUCAAAAGAGAUGAUGGCAUGAUCACGUUGCUGUCUGCUACUGGGUGUUAUCUUGAGUAUUACUCCAGACCUCGUAGUUCUUCCACGACACGACUUUGGAAGGUGGACGUACUCCCGAGACUCAGUAGGCCGCAACUUAUGAUUGAUACAAAGCCCAAGUGGGUGAAGCUCCUCGCCAAUCUCCAAUGGUUGUGCUCCUCAGAGCGGGAGGUCAAUUGGGUUCUCGCAGACUGCGCUGGUAAUAUAAAUGAGGCAUAUUGGGGAAGAUUUAUGUUUGAUGGCAGGGAUAUCUCUUCUCUAGAGAAGGAGCUUAGCCUGCUGGUUUCCCUACCGACCACUCUCUGCGUUCGUGCUGGCCGCCACGGGCAACCAACCCCGCUUUGCAUCAACUUGCCCCGGAGCAACGAGCCACUACACGUCGUUUUAUUUCUGAAAAACACAACAGGAAGUGGUAGACUGGUAUAUCCUGAUCUGAGCCAACAAGGUCCUCGAAUUAAGUUGGAUUGAGGUGAUCAACAAAAUGACCAGAUUUUUGGCAUCAUUGGGAAGCUCCUUCUGUGCAUGCGACCAUGGCAAAUGCUGCUGGUCGUCCUUCAGAGAAAUGCUGUCCAUUUGGUCGUCAUUCCAAUGCUAAGUCCAUAUUGAGUAGAUUCUGGAAUUGUUGGAUCAUAUUAACAAGCAUUUAGGAGGCAUCAUGCAGUUUUUGUUUUGUGGGAUAUGAACGGUCAUGGCAACACUUGGUACACAUUCACGAACCGUAAGGAGCUUGGCUGAGAGUUUUGAAACAAAUGCAAAUCCCUCAUCUAAACUUUUG